CGCAACCAAAGGUUGAUAAACACCGCAAAUUCUUAUGAUUGCUUGACACUCGCGCAAGUUGAAGUAGUCAUCUUAAGUCAACUGAGUAUGAGGGCAGUUUCUGAACCGUAUCUCACAACAGUAACCCUAGAAGACCUAACUGACUCACACUUUGAAGACAUAACACUCAGCGAGGAGCAGAGCAGAUUUCUUGAUGCAGUUCGUGAUGGCGACGCACAUGGUGUUCGUUUGUACGUGCUGGAAAAACAUGUCGAUGUGAAUUGCGCGAAUUUAUCCGGAGAAACAGCUCUGCAGCUAGCGGUUAAUAACGACCGUCGCGAUAUCGCAAAGUUUCUUCUUGAGAAUGGAGCUGAAGUGGGGAACGCCUUGUUACAAGCUGUGGCCAAAGAUUCGGUCGAGUGGGUGAGGGCGCUGCUCGCUUUCGUGAAGGACUCAGAGAGUCGACCAGCCAGUCCGAGCAAUGUGUCUUCAGAACAGCUGACGAGCCAGGUUCGGUAUAGUAGAUUCGUUUCCCCUUUGAUGUUGGCUGCCCACAAUGACAACCAGGAGAUUAUAAAGCUUUUCUUGUCGAAGGGUUUCACCAUCGAAGAACCAGCAUUCCAUGAUAGAUCCUGUGAAUGCGAUGAAUGCAUGCGCUUGGGAAAGCGAUUGGGGACUUCUCUUUACCGUUUGCAGAGUUAUCGAGCGCUAACUAGCCCUGUAUACAUGUGCAUGUCGUAUUUACUCGACAAAUCAAGCGAGCAGUCGGUCGAAGAACAAGACAUAACUUUGUCCAAAGAUCCAAUCGUUCGAGCUUUCCUUUUGAAUCGGAAGUUGGAGAAUCUCGUGGAUACCGAGUACGAAUUCAAAGCGGACUACAAACAGUUGUCUAACAACUGCGAAGAAUUUGCAGUGGCACUUCUCGCGAAAUGCCGCACGAUGGAAGAAAUUAGUUGUGUGAUGAGGGUGCCAGGUAUUGAUCAAGUACAAUAUGUAGAAGUCAGGGGAGGACCGGAAGCCCAAAAGCUCAGAGUGCUGAAUUUUGCCAUUGCUAAUGGUAAUGAAAAGGUAAGACUAUUAAGGUUUUAACUUGCUUAACUAAACAAGACUUGGUCACUGUUGUGAUUGGGAAGGACGUAGAUCACGAUUUUUCUAUUAUUAUUAUAAUUUUUUCAAGAUAAAAAUAAAAGAGCAAUCCUGGACGAUAUAGUUUGUGGAAAGUGAAAAUAACACGCUGAGGUAAAAAUAAACAGGCUGGAAUCGGGAAGAAAAAAUUUGACAAGAAAGCUCCGAAGAACUGUCAAGGAAAACAUGUCUUGGACGAAAUUUGCUGAGGUAGAUGGCUUAACGAGGGCCCUGAGAUUCGUCAAUAAAAAGCCAAAGUUUCAAAUUAAAAUUGAACUCCUACAAAUUUGCCAUGUGGAUAGUACUCGUCAGUUUGUUAUGGUUUUUUCUUACGGCACAAACGGGAACGUAGCUCCAUUAAUAACUAGAAUUGUAAAACAAAUCAGUGCGUUCGAUGCAAAAGUCAAUAUAUGUUAAGUGUAACUAAUGAUUAUGCAUCUUUCUGUAAACAUGGUCUCUCCAUGGUAACGUCUGUGGUCAGUGAAUUUGGGGGAGGAAGGGAAAGGAAACAUGCAUGCCCACCCUCUUGGGGUUUACCUCAGGGGAAAAAAAAAAGAACAGCUGUCGUUGAUAGUUGCUGAUAACACUUGAUAGCCAAAAGCGGAAGCGAUAGUCAAUGGCAAGUGACAAAAUGUUUGUCUGUCAAAGUAAUGGGCUUUUGCGUGAUGUUGGUGGUUGCGUAACUCAAGUACAUUUAGAGUUCGUUACGAGUGAUUUGUAGGUUAAAAUUCGUCGAAUGUGUCGGUUCAGCUUGGCUCCAGAUUCUCAAUUAUGUUCAUGUCGUAAAAUGGGUUUAAGCUAAACGCAGAGUGUUCUCAGUUUUUCAUAGAGGCAAAAAGUUUUUGGGGGAGGGCGAUGCUUGAGUAUUUGAGUGAUCUGCGGACAAGAGGUAUAAAUGUCUCGGGAUAUAGUGAACAUGUUGCGCGACAAGACUAAACUACAGCUGCAGAUAUUUGUAGAGCUCGAGACAAAGCGUUUGGGAACAGCUUAGAGUGAAAAAAAAAUAAAAGAAAAAAAUAUCACUGAUCAGUAUUUUCGGAUACAAGUAUUCUUUGGCUUUGUCAACAACAAGCGAGGUUAUUUUAGGUUCUUUAGCACUAGUAGAAAAUUCCCAAAUCCUGCAUAGAAUUAAAAAAAAAAAAAGAAAAGAAACACCAUCGUUGUAUCGGACUUGAGAUUUCGUGACGGGUUUAAACCUAUCACGUACGAGAUUAAGUGUGCGCUGGACAAUAAGCCCUCUUAAAGUGGACUUGUAUCAUUUUUAGGAACUCACGUCAUCUUUUUUCCUUUAGUUUGUCGCUCACCCUUACAGCCAGCUUAUGCUCAACUCGGUGCUGUACGACAGAUUGGGCGGAUGGGAAGAUUUUGGCUUCCUAAAGAAAGUGAUAUGCAGUAUAUUAUUAACGUUACUGUUGCCAGUGUUGGUUUUAGUUUAUUUCCUGGCGCCUAACUCUCAAGUCAGCAAAAUGCUGAAGAAACCAUUCUUCAAGUUUGUAAGUCACGCGGGGUCGUUCUGCUGCUUUCUUAUCCUGCUCAUAUUUUCGUCGAUCCAGGACAAGUGGUUUGAUGUGCUUCAGUUUUCAGUCAUUGGUAAGUACUUGUCAAGUUCUUUUUAAUCGUUUGACAAUCAAUCUCUCUAGUCAAUUGUCAUUGAAAUUAAUUUAAGAGUAUUUAAUCGGUAGUAAUAGUACACGCCAAUUAUUUAUCACACUCCUUACAAUUGAAGUAAGCGAAUGAUGUAUACAAGAAGCCGUUGUGGAGGAGUUUAUUUGAGUCUUUUGUCGUUAUGGCGAAAAAAUAACUUCUGCGUAGACCAGUAAGUUGUAUUUCUUCUUGACCAGAUUUGUUCAUGUCGCUGUGGAUCGCCGGUCUGUUGUUCCAAGAGGCACAGGAGGCAUUUCGCCAAGGUAAAGAGCGUUAUCUUUCACAAUACUGGAACCUCGUCACUCUGUUUAUGAUAGGGUUGUUCGUAAUUUCGGGAAUCCUUUGGAUUGCCGGGUUCAUCAUGACAGCGCAAGGAUUUGGAGGCUGGACAAUACCCAUUGGCGACGUAUUUGGUGACAAAGCCCAAGUGUACGCAUAUCGCCUUAUUCUCCUUUCUAAUGCCACAUUUUCCAUCAGUCUGGUGUUGAGCUUCAUAAAUGCUUCAAACUUUUUUCAAGUUAACUCCAUUCUCGGGCCUCUGCAGCUGUCCUUGGUGAAAAUGAUGCGAGACAUUAUCAAGUUUCUGUUCCUGUUUUUGUUGUUGUUUCUUGCAUUCGGUUGGGCCGAGCGAAAGGUUUACUCCCGGUACGUACAAACAAGGAAAGCUUUUCAGGGGAAUGAAACUGAACACGAAUUUGCCAGGUAAGUACUAAUUGAGUCUUUGGUAUGUAUCAAAAGAACAAUUUUGCCCCAACGAGAGAAAUUUAGGCUCGGUUUUCGAUCAUGAUAUGACUGGUAGAUCACGUGAUCACUGAAUCCACUUCGUCCAAUUUAAUAGUCAAACUUGAUAGAUUUAGUUGACUACUGACUCAUUACAGAUACUGAAAAUUUAUGAAUAAGCAGAUAAGUUGUAGUUUAAUGAUAAAUAAUGAUUAAUAAAAAGUAAAUAACAGACAACAGGUUAUAAAAAAAAGAAACAGUGCAAUUCAAUUCCUUUAUUUUUUCCAACUAUUGUGCAGCGAUUGCGUAGAAACUUGGCCAACUGUGCGACAAAGAAAACAAGGAAACAAAGAAAGGAAAGGAAAUGCGUCUAGUGAAACUGCUGUUUAACGGUUUAUUUUUUUUAAAGGAUCGGAGGAAGUUUGAGGUUCUUGUUUUGGGACUUGUUUGGCAUGUCGGAACUGUCGGACCUGAGAACACACAAGAACUUCAUCAUCACUCAAUACGCAGGGGAAGUUCUCCUGGGAUUAUACAGUAUUUUUUCCAUUGUAGUUGCCAUAAACAUGUUGAUUGCAAUGAUGACGAACUCCUAUCAGAGGGUCGCGGUAAGUUAAACCAAUGAAAGCCCAUUUACUUGUGCGAUUUUUAUCUCGUGAUGUAAUGUAAUUUUAUUGCACCGAAGGUGUUUCUCCAAAAAAGCAUCUAUCAAAAUAGCGCUAUUUACGAUCAAGCUGCGAUUCACUGCGUUUUGAUGUGAAAAGCACGAAAUAUGUUAUCUUGUAACUGAAAUUUCGCAUGUCGCAGAGGCGCUGACCUUAUGUUGACAAUUUGUUGCUGUUUUUUAAGGACGAUGCUGAUAUCCAGUGGAAGUUCUCGAGAACUCGGAUGUGGAUGCCAUAUCUGGACGAAGGCAAUGUAUUGCCGCCGCCAUUUAACCUCAUUCCUCAUCCAUAUUUGGUAAUCCGUCUCUGUAGAAGGUUUUGCGCUGAUCCGUCCUCCUUCAUGGUAGGUGGAGAGGCCUAAAGAUUCAAUGUUGUAUAACCCUCUCUCAUUAGUUACUCUGGGUUGACUUGACAUGACAUCUAACAAUGAAACUGUUCCCAGUCAAAAGUCUCUAAGCAGGCAACAACGCAGAAUGUGUGACUUCAGAGGGUAACAGUACAUUGUUACCCGCAAAGGUUGACCGACAUUGUACGUAAAAGAACGUGACUGGCGUUGGUGUGACAUUUCAGCAGUGUAGUAUUUUCCGCUCUAAUGUGCUCACAGAUCUUCAUAAAUUUACGAUUUGUCUUCACAUUGCCCUUGAAUUUCUACGCUGUGCUAUAUAACAAAUUACUUAACGUUGGUCCCUCGGGAAACGGUCUAUUUUGUUUCCCUCGGUAGCGGUCGUUAAGUGUUGAAUAUAGUCCUGUAAACCCACAUAGUCAUAAAAAUUAAUGCGCACAUACUCCGUUCAAUGUCUGCUGCUUACUUUUGUUUUUCCCUUUUUUUAGCGCGGAUGCUGUGCUAGGCGCGAAAGACCAGCGCCACUUCUGAAAGAUAAGGUGGACAUACAGAGGGUAUGUUUUAUAUAUGCAACUUGCUACACCCUAACACGUUUAUGUUCGAAGAGCUAAUUCAACCGUUAAAUUUAAGGGAGUAAACUGUGGAUUUAAAUAAGAAAACACUCCCCUGGCACUUUGAUCAUAAAAAUAAUAUAUACCAACGUGAAAGGAAGUACGAAUGUAGUAGAGGCUUGAGAACAAUGAUGAGUAAUCAAGGCUUGGGGUAAAAUUUUUAUCUAAUGAGGUAUUCUUGCUUAAAUGGUAAUGACUUCAUUCAGUGGGAUGCAACACUAAAAUCAGUUACAACUUGGUUACUUUCCUUUUAGCUCAUUUCGGUAUUUGCCUCUGCCUUUUGUUAAUUUAGCGUCGCGUGGUAAUGAGGCGUUUGAUCCAGCGAUAUCUACUCACUAUUGAGAAUCCGAACAAACCCUUCCAGUCCCAUGCCCCUCAGCUUACAGCGGAGAGAUUGGGGGACUGUGGCGAACUAAAGGAUAUGAUUGCACAGUUGCAAGGCAUGUUGAGAAGGAGUGAAGAAAGGAAAGGUCUUGCUGAUGCAGCAAAACCACAGUCUGAGGUAAGUGCAUAUCAGGAGACAGUAUUAGGGAUCACACACAAACUAGGACGACAACAGGUACAAGCUCGCCUGUAAACAAAAGCUUUUAUUAGGGGAAAAGCAUUAGCUCUGCCCGUUUUUUUUAAAACUGUAAAUUAUCUUGUCUUCCACUGAAAAAAGAAAAUAGGAACGCGAAAUAACCACCAAGUAGUGCGUUCUCUGAGUAUGACAGCAAUGAGCCUGACAGCAACGAAUUUACUUUUCUUUGUGGAACUUCACAACAGCUUUAUGCAGAUCCCAUUAACACAGUACACACGUCGAAAAUAUUUUGAUCGUCUAUGAUUUUAUAAUUAUUUUGUAACUUCACUUAUAACUAACAAUUCAUUGAAUUGUGAGCAGCUUGUCGAAAUAUUAUCUGCUAUAUAGACUGCUCAUGUAUAUGCGACUUCCUCUGUAGUUUGGGAUACUUACGUGACUUAAAAUUUUCUUUGUGGACUAGAGGGUUUUUAACGUUAUUUCCCUUUAUUAUUUCCUUUAGGAAAAAACCAAGGUAGAGAUUCAUCACAGAGGCAAUGGAACUUAUUGCAAAGCGGAGAAAGACGCGGACGCUAUUCUGUGAGCUAGAUAUUGACAGUUAAAGAACUUUUAACAUUCCUUUUUAUAGUCCUCUAACUCGUUGAAUGAGCGUAGCUUGAAAAUUGAGUUCUUGUGGUGUCUCUAUAUGCGAACAUGUCACACGCUCACUCCAGUGAGAACGAUGACGUUACAGGGUCGCUCAUUCAAUAAGGAUGGUGACAUACUUCAAAAAUUUUCGUUUAACUUGGGAAAAUUUUUGUUUGUUCACAUAUAAUGAAGAAGAUCGGAGACAUCACUCGGCAAAUCAAUUUGAUUGGUAAUUCGUAGAAAAAAGAAGUUUCUUCAUUUUCGUCAUUUUUAACUUUCUUAUUCCCACGUUUACUGAGUCCCCGGCUAAGAAAACUCUCAGCUUUUCAUAGAAGAAAUUAAAAAGAGAUCUGUUUCCAGGAAUUAUCCGUUUUUCCGUCAAUCGCAAAAUGCAUUGUUUCGAAGACGCAGAUCGAAAAAUAGGUGUUUACAAGUAAUUUUCGGUAAAAUGAGAGAGCGACUUUUUUUUUUUUAAGGUCCCUUAUUUUUUUACCCAAAGAUCUCUCACGCAGCUGCUAAGUCACUCGUGAUGAAUUUGCUUUUUUCGAGGAUUUCGAGAAACUCGUUCAAUUGACGACCGGUCUUUUUAAAUUUUAAGUUGGUUGUUAGUUCGCAGGUAUAAUAUUUUACAGCCAAUUUUGGAACAUGAUCAAAGUUUACCAGGAUUUUUUAUUCUUUAAUAGUAAGCGUGAUAAAACCAGAACAAAAGCCUCUGUAGUUUCAGAAAUAGACAUUUUAACACGUUUGAGAUGGAUUUUAAUGUAAAGAAAGAGGGUAAGGUUAGGGAGCUCGUUGAGGGUCAAAGAAUUUAUUUUAAGUGGCAUAUAUUUUUCAACAGCUCUACCAGAAAAAAGUGAAAGAUUGUGCUUAGAUGGCAAAAAUAUCUUGACUUUUUAGUUGUAUUAAAUGGUGCUUAUUUGAAAAAAGUGUGAAACGCAUUGUUUAAAAGAAACGAUCGCUCUCCAAUUUGCCGCUUCUUUUUCGCACGGUACAUUCCAUACAACUGUUCAUCACCACCUAGCAACGAGAAACAGAAUUUUUCUGCACAAUUUACAUCUGUUUAACAUAUUGAUCAUGUCGCUGUUACCGAUUAUAGGAGAAAAAAUUAAUGAAUAGUUUGAGUAUUUUUUGUUUCUACAUACCAGUCGCUAUACUUAAAAUUGACAGUGGUAAAGAAAACCUUAAUGCGCUGGCGUUCUUGAGUAAGAAGAGUCAUCCUACUGUGUAGAGAAAGUUCACAACGUGAGAAAUAAUUGCUUUUAAACAUGGCGGCUCAUGCAUUAAGACGCGGAAGGACAGCUUCGACGUCUCUGUUAGACGUUUUAGAGGCUACUAUGCCGGAGAUGUCUCUUUCUGAAGAAGAACAAUUCUUUUUUGAUGCCGUCCGCAGAGGGGACUUGCGUCAAGUGAGAGAAUUUUUUAAAAGAAAAUCCAGCUCUCUCGAGUCUGAAGAAGGAACGGAAAGACAAGCCAAGGUGGGAAAUUUUGCACUUACCCUCGCUGCACAGCAGGAUAACUACGAUUUGGUGAAGUUUUUCCUCUCCAUGGGAUAUAGAAUUGACGAACCGCAUCCCCGCUCUUGUUCGUGCGAAAGCUGUAAUGGAAUGGGAAGCCUGGAGAAAGCUCUAUAUCGACUGAAUGGUUAUCGGGCCUUAGCCAGCCCGGUUUAUCUCUCGUUGUCGUAUCUCGCCGACUGCGAGAAACAGGAACUAACCGCUGAAUAUACGUGUACAAAUGACCCUGUUUAUCAAGCAUUUGUGCUCAACGGAAAGCUCGAACUUCUCGCCCGGCAGGAAUACGAGUUCAAGAAGGAUUACUCAAAUCUGUCGACUCGAUGUGAAGAGUACGCGGUAGCACUGCUGAAUCUCUGCAGGAACAUGACAGAGAUUGGCUGCGUGAUGACCAUGCCUUCCAUCAAGGGGCUAGCACACGUUCGAGUCAGGACAGCGAAUGAGGCGGCAAAGAAAUUGAGUGUUCUUAACUUUGCCAUCAAGAACAAGAAUGAGAGGGUAAGUUUGUUGUUUUCAUUAAUAACUGGACUCUCAAGGGCGAAAAUCCUUUCGACACAAAUUUUUUCCAACAGGUCUCUUAAGCUCAAAGGGAUUCGAGUUUGUGGGAUGAUCGCAACAAUAAAUGAGAAGCAAUGACUUGUUUUGAAUUCAGUGUGCGCGGAAAGACUUGUCCCGUUUUGUGUAUAUCAGCCUUCAGACUCUUUUUUUAUUGCCGCGUCAUUCACGUGCCAGACCCAGUGUACGAAGCACAAACUCAAUUUCGGCGUUCGAAUCAGUCUGUUUGAACUUUUAAGUACCAUGUGUUAAUCAACGUACAGUGCGCGGAUACAGACCUGUACAUUAUUCGACAACAGAGCGCGGGGCAGUCGCCUCUAUUUAGUCAGUCUCAGCUUCUCAACGCGGUACUUUCAACCGCAUAGGAAAGAGACAUUCUUAAAUUCAUCCCAUGCCUUAAACUGAGAUCUUUCAAGAGACAUAUUAAAUUGCUUAAAUGAAUUUAAUGCGAUUUCAAAAUCAGACAUCUGUGACUGAAAGUACUUGUGCACCGUUUGAAUCAACCGCCGCGUCAGAGAGGGCUUCUGUAGACUGAUUUAGUACAGAAAAAUUUCGUUUUAAGUUUUAACGUUAACAUGUGUGAAGAUCAAAUGUUUGUGAUCAAUCCGUUUCUAACAUAAUCGAUGCGUUUUGAUUAAAUCAUUUUAUACCAGCUAUAAAAGAAACACUAACACCUCACGUGUUGCUAUGUUUUAUCAUUAAACCUGAGCAUAGACGUUCACAACCGCAUUAAAUUUUUUUGGGAAAAAUUGGGGGCUGAUUUUAGUAUCUUAAUAAUCAGAAUGAAUUUAGAAUCAAUUUGAAAAUAUAGUGACAUUUUCAGUUCGGAGAAUUAAUGUUUGCAGCGUAUUAUCGUAAUUUAAAAAUAACACGGACUUCAUUAAAAGGGCUGCCACGUUUCGCAAUUAUUGAAUUGCAAAUUUUACCUCGUACAAUAUUGUUCCUCAGUUACACUUAGCGUUCGUAAAUUUUGUAGAUACCAUCUGUUUCAGCAACGAAAAAAAGCAAAAUGCCGUUUAGUUUCUCAUUACGUUUGUUUUGCUUCACUUUAUCUUUUUUCGCUUUAAUUUAAGGCGAUCUUGCGCGUACUUUGUGAAAAUUAUGAAUAAUGAUACAUAUUCACGUAGGAAAUUUGAAUGCGGUACAGACAAAAUCGCCUUUGGAAUAUAUUCCCCUGAUAACAAGUUAACUUUUGUUUAGUUAUUUGUAAAAAUGGGGGGUUUUACCGUGAAAUCAACCAACUAACUUCUUCUUCUACUGUUGAAUCGAGUUUGUUUUUGAUUGCUGAUGAUAGUAGUAGUAAUGAGAAUUACAAAGAAUGCAUCGAUCAUUUCUAUUACGCGUGUUGCAGUACUCACUCAUAAAGGAAUUAUUAAUUAAAGAGACACCCUAUGUCACUCAAGUAAGGACAAUACGAAGGUUAUUUACAAAGCUUAAGUCACUAUUCUUAACAUUUCUUUGAACUACCUAAAAAUGAUUUCAUUUGCUUUCUUAAAAAUGAUUUAAUACCAUUCAACAUUGCGCUACAUACAUUAGUAUACAUAAUCUUACUAUCCAAUUGCACAGAGUAUAGUAUAAAUAACGCGCGAAUAGAUUACAAAUAUCCUGCGAUAUUGUAUAGUUAGUUAUUUUGUACUGGGAAAAGAACCUGUUUAACCGGCUUUGUGCACUACGCUUCUCUUUCUACUUUGCUUUUCUCGCCUUAUGAGAGAUGGGAAAAAUAAUUGGCAAAAAAAGAAAAUAUUUAGAUGGUAAAUAACUUAUUGGACGUUAUUGUGUAGUAUUGCUUAGUACUGUUAAUCGUUGUUACGAUUACAUUGCCUACGGGCAAAUUCGUAAAAAUACUCAGCGAUACACUCCAAAACAUCUUAUGAUAUAUAUAUAUCGAAGCAAAAGUACUCCUACCAAAGCGUUGUGAAUCUUUUAUCAAACACUUAACACUAUUACCUGAUUUGCAGGUCUUUUUUGGAUGUAAGUUAAGAACAAGUCUCUGUAAGAAUCAAACAUCUUGGGAAAUGAAAAUUUUCAACCUCCCUUCAAAUUUUGCAUGCAGUUAGGCGCUCAGGGGGAUGCACAAAAAUGCUCUUUUUAAAGGGCGCAGCACUCUUGUUGCCAUGGUAACAACGGCUGCUUGUUCGAGGCUUGGGGCCUUAUUUUCACACAAAAACGUCGCAAAAAAAGAGUGAAAUGUUUAUUUCUCUAUCUCAAGCUAAAUAAAACAUUACAAAUUGGCACUUCUACCAUACAUAGUAACAUCAUUCGUCUUCACUUUGAUACAUUUAAUUUUGCCUGGGAGUGAAUGUGAACACACCAAGAGAUUAUUUAUCUCGGUACAGUUUCGGUCAUUUUUGUUGUCGGGUAAAACAGGGAAAACGUUUAUCUGAAUUUCUCCAAAAGUACACCGAUCCUGGAGCUGAAACUGCACACCUAGCUGGUUAUAAUAUUCUAGUUUUUAAAAAUGAAAAAAUCUCUGCCGGCCUGCCUCUACUUUCCAUAGGGGCAAUUCGCGAACGAAGCUCAAAAAUCAGAUAUUGCAUAAUUUGGCGAUGUUUGCAUCUAAUCUUCUCAACAACAAACGUUUCAGACAAAUAAAAAGGCGGGGGGGCUUUGAAAGAAUGUUAUCUUAUGAGCAAUAUCCCGAAGAGAAAUCUCACCUCUGGUUGUCAUCUUUUAAAAAAAUCGAUCAAUCUUCAUGGAGGACUACUCGACGUAACUACAAACAUAUACCUCAAAUCGUGUGGAUAUCAUCCAGAUUCCGAAAUCCUCUGAAGAUACACUGUUACACUUGUAUGUCAUCUGAAACAUGUUGAAGUCGGCUGAUCUACAUGAAACUAUCCUCACAUCGGUCAUUUGUCAUAAACAUGUUCGUUAUCACGAUGGCGUGACACUGUAUUUCUCCGUGAAGUUUCUAUCGGUCGCUCCGAAAAAGACGAGAAAUUGAUAUUUAUCAUAUAUUUCAGCAGAUUUCCGCGCAUUCUGAAGUAAAAACAACCGAAAAAAAAAGAGGAAAACCUCUAUUGAACGCUCGUAAACACUGAGAAUCUGAGAUCUUGGCCCACAGACAAAUUUCCAUCGCUUGUUUUCAUGACAUUUGGCACAAAAGAGGUUUUUAUAAUUCCUUCUCGUAACGACAUCGUAUAUGACUCGGUAAUUACCACUUUUGCAAUUGUGAUAGUAAGGCGAAGAUGUCUGGCUGUUAGAAUUGAUCGCUGUACAGUAUCGUGCACGUUGUCCAUUUCGAACUUUCCACUGUACCGUUGAACAAUAUUUGAACAGGAGUUUCAAAGCAUUAGAACGAGAGUAGUGGCGUGGUGGACUGAAUCACAACGCAAGUUAUAUCAAGUUCUAAGGGCACGAGGUCGCUCGCUUUUACCUCGGCGCACCUCGCGUAAUAGUGAUUUCUGUAGCUGGUUUUUUUCUGAUCAGAAACGGGAAUCAUGUCGUUCAGAUUCUCGUCAGAGAGGUUGUAAGGUUGUUCGCACUUUGUCUUCGUCAGAUCAGCCGGCCAUUGUUUAGGACAAGCAGCUAUCAUCCAAAUCCCCACAGUUUCAUUUGUAUGACCGUUGUGUACGCAUCUCCAUCGCUCAUCCGGCUAGAUGGUUGUUGCUGAUUUGGAAAACUGGACAGAAUAGUUGCCCUAAUGGUGGAAUGGCUUCCGACUUGUUUGUAAGGUGGCGACAGCGAAAUAUGUAAACUCUUCAUGAUUAGCGACGAGGUCAGGACCUGACCAGUUACAUUUUCUGAUGAAAAUAAAUCCGUCUCUUUAAUUGGCGAUAACGUUGCUCGUGGUUUCAACAUAAACUGCUUUAUGGUCUACUUAGCUCUAGAAGAGCAAGGAGUUUUGCCUUCUGCCACCAAUGAGUUUGAUGGCAAGCAGUGCUUGUCAUAAUCUUCACAACAGUCCAUAAACAUUUCACAGUAAGAGUCGCAGAAACACUGAAGUCUUACUUCUGUUGGUCCUAGGUCCCGCUCUUUUUACACUUUCCAAAGCAUGAAUACCGUGAAGAUCCCUUACAAAACACCAAAAUUUCAUCAUGUGAUGUGGAAUUUAGAAUACCUGUUCGUGUUGAGAGCUUCGUUUUUAUUUCACGGGAAUUACGACCUUUUUCGAAAAGCCGUUUGACCGUAUAAUUUUGGUGAGCUCCCUGCGCCUCUCCAAGCAUAGAUUCCCUGUAAUAUCGGAUUAUUAGUUUUGAUUCUUCCGUUUGAUGUGUGUUGGCCUUUUCCAGUGUCGUUUUCAAGACAAUCAAAUUGAACCAGAAAAGACGAAUUUUCAUUUUAGAUGUUGGCUUACCGGCUGAAGAUUCGCAAGAUAAUACGGAAACAAUCGUGUGCAAGAAAUAUUGCACUUUGGCUUUGAACGCACUAUUUGAAUAGUACUAGAAAGUUUAUCCAUCCACCGACUGACAAUAAGUCUACCUAGAAGAUAAUUGCUUUUUCGAGUUUUUUCGCCAAAAUUUGGCAGCCAAUGACGUGUAGCUCAAGUCUCUUGUUUACGCUUUCAUUUUCUGAUCUUAAUAUCUUCUGAUCGAAAUCGCAUUAGAGCAAGCUGAGUGAUAGGGGAUUGUAAACGGUUCACGUUAAAAAAAAAAAGGCUUAAUAAAGUCAGUAAAAUACAACCUGUUUUCUUUCGCCAGAUUAUUCAUUUUAGACAGAGGAUUUCAUUUCGAAAUACUUGAGUUUGGUGCAGGUGUUCUGGCUUCGUAAAGUGACAUAAUUUAAUUUCCUUUCAUCACUACUUUAAGAUUUUUCUAAAAUAUGAAAAUUGUAUCUUAUUUGUAAUUGCAUGAAAGUGUAGCACUUUAUUCGUUUAUUUAUUCUAUUUUUUUUACGUUUUUUCAAAACGAGUUUAAGCUUACUAUAAAGCAAUGCCUGAAGACUUUCCGAAGAAAAAACGACCUCUAGGAAGAUUAUAAACGACAACUGAUUAAUUUUGGUUUCUUAGAAUCAACUUUCGAAGUUUGUGCUUUUUCAUGCACACUUCAGUAUUUUCACUCCUUGGCCUUUUGUGGUACGAGAAUGUUGAGGGAAUUAUUUCUUGACGUGAAAAUCCAAAAAGAAAAAGAAAGCUGAUUUCGGCAAAGAUUUAUUUCUUAAAAUUUUUUACCAUCAGGUUAUUGCAGUCCGGCUUAUCGGGAAAACCUGUGAAAAAAAUUCACUCGAGGUAAUGUGGAUGAAUCAAAUGAUUUCAGUGGUUCGAGGAACGGAAAAGAUAUUUAUGUUGUCUUCAUGAUUACUCCUCUUCUGUUUUUUCGACAUUUUUUAUGACCAUUUUCAUUUUUUCACUGGAGCACUAAGACAACUAAGUUUCAUCGCGAUCGAAAUGAAAUUUCAGCACGAACAAUAGUAUAUUUUAAACCAGUAGAUUAACAAAUUGAAUGUAUGUGUAGGUCGUCAAGUCUAUUUAAUUUCCUUUUUCUUUCUAGAUAUGAUUUUAUCCAUUUGCAGUUUGAAUUUAUUUCGUUAAUUUGCUGUUUAAGCUGAGGUUGGGCAGCUUCAACAUUUCACCGUGGGAGUGUUAGAAAUUGGGUUAAUAUCGCUCAGGGAAAACGACAGUUCGCGAAGAACUCAACGAUAUCUCGUGGCUAUUAGAACAAUGGCUUGUAUUGUAUCGCCGAUAUAUCAUUCCAACUAAAAUAUCAUUCAAAGAGCAUCGUUAAAUCGCAAUUAUCGCGAUAACAUUCGAUUAUUGUUUGAGUAAAUUUGCACAGCACAAAUUUGUAGGCGUUGUUCCAAGGCUUAUUUAUACAGAGGAGGAAGCGUGAGGAGGGAAGGGUUUGGGGGACUCCUUUCCCUUCAUUUAUUACUCUUUGAUAUUUCGCAGAGAAAGUUUCCCAAAACUUUCACUGCAAUGUAUGAGCAAAUUUAUGAUAACUAUUGCAACAAUAAUGGAAGAGUAUAGAGCAACUACUUUAAUCAAACUUUUCUUAAAUUUCCGUGAGGUGGUUCAAAAUUCUCGCUUUUAAAGAACACAUAUCUCUUCUAAAUUUUUCUCCAUAGUUUGUGGCUCAUCCGUAUUCUCAACUCAUGUUAAAUGCAGUGCUUUACCUCGACUUCGACAAGAAUUGGAUUUACCGGAGAAAUAUCACGAAAACUACCUUCUUUGUUCUUCACACGCUCUUAUUACCUCUUUGGUCCAUUUUUUACCUUGUCACGCCCGACAAUAAACUGUCUCAGAAACUGGCUACUCCGCUGGCCAAAUUCAUCAGUCACACGGGCUCUUUCUGCUGGUUCUUGUUCAUUCUGAUUCUCUCCUCAGUUCAAGACAGGCUAGGAAUUUCACUCUUGGAAAUCUCUUGGAUAGGUAAGUAAACAUGGACAUUGGUUUAGUGCUCAUGGAAUCCUGUAUUUAGUGACAAGAAAACCACUUACUCCCAGCCUCCUAUCCUGCCGGCGGGACAAGAAAUGAAUUUUACCAUGGUGUUGCAGCGACAAUCGUUGAUUAGCUGUUGCACUAUGGUUUAGAAAUUGUUCUGUCAGUGACGAAUUCGGUUGCGCUUAUUGUGCCUCUUUUUUUCUUUCCACAUUUUGACGUAAUCUGUAAUCUCUUACUGACAAACGCACGGCCACAUGGAAACCAUUUUUUUAAUUCGAUAAACUAGGAAAAUUCUUUUUCCUACACUAGACACCAUGUGUGUCCCUCGCGCAUGCUACUCCUUACUUGUGAGUUCCCCACGGAAACAAACAAAAAAGCAGUAAGGUAGCUUAUGUAUGUUUGAAUAAAACUCGAGUGGCCCGUUUUUAUUUUUCGUUUACUUUCCUCUCAGAUAUCUUGACCGCUAUGUGGGUGUUAGGUCUCAUCUUUGAAGAAAUGAAAGAGUUCUACAGACAAGGAAGAGAGCGUUACUUUGCCCAAUGGUGGAAUAUUGUUACCAUUUUAAUGUUACUCUUCUUCUUACUGGCGGGCUUAUUCUGGCUGUUGGGUUCCUCGGCGUUGAUGGUUAAAGAUGGAAAUUAUUCGUUCAAGUACCUCGUCAGAAGUAUCUCAAGAGAUUCAGCCUUUCGAUUCUUGUUUAUUUCAAACAGGUGGGUAAAGAAUUGCGGAGAAGUAUGGAAGGAUUGCAGUGCUUGCAAAUUUACUCAUAGAAGGCACUGUGUCCAGCCAUGAAGACACUCAGUCAUUACUAAUAACGCAGUCUUUUCAAAUUUUCUGGUAAAAAGCCUUCAAACCCGAAAAAAUCAGAUUGAAAGACCAUGAAUAUUGUAAAACGAAGCACAUGUGAUGUAUCUGCGUGAUUGACCAAGUAUCUGAGGUGAAGAUGACUGGAUAUUGAAGUCUCUUUUCGCAUACUUUUAUAGCUCGGGACUUCACAAACUGAAAUUUAUAUUUGACUUUAAUUUUGACUGAGGUCUGAAAGGGUUUAAUGACAGAAUUGCUUGUUGCAACUUUCACUUGCCUUUAAUUUCUACACAGCAUUUUUUCGAUGGCGUUCUUGGUAAGUUUUUUCCACUUGUCAAACUCGCUGCAAGUGAACAGUGGCAUUGGUCCUCUGCAGUUAUCUUUGAUAAAGAUGUGUCAAGAUGUAGGCAAGUUCCUGCUGUUGUUCCUUCUGGUUUUCGUGUCCUUUUCUAUGGCCAUCCGCAAAGUUUAUUCACAAUUUGAGCAAAUUGUGAAUUUAUAUCCGGCUAAGGAACACUCUCAAAAUUCCCAUGAAUUCUCAGGGUAAGUCACUGGCACUUUUUACCCUUGAGAUUCAGUAGCUUAGAUUUAGCAGACACUCGCUUCAAAUUAUCUUCUCGUGUUCCUUACUUGCGGCUUGCAAUAGCCCAACAGCGACCCAUUGUGUCAUUGGCACGGACGGUUAGACCUUAUCCCAUGUCAACCCACAAAACCUCUGCUAAUAGCUUGUAACCGUUAUCAAUGAACAAGAACUCUAAAUGAGUGGCAACUUAAACUGUGUAACCAGGUCAACCUUUGACUGUGAAUAUUUGCAGGUCGGUUGUGCACUGUGGAUUAAGAAAUGAAUACGAAAGCGAUCUGCGCAGUAGUGAAAAUAAAGCCUAAAAAGGCUGAAUGAGGCUUGAAUCUUUUUCAGGCCUUAUUUUCAUCACUGCUUAAGUUAGGUUCAUAACUGCGGAGAUCGCUUUCAUAUUAAGGUCCUCUCUGUUGACGAUAUUAUCCUCUUUACUAAACUACCCUUUGAACCGAUCGCAGAAAUGAACCCUGGAGAACAAAUCUGAGCUUGGACACCUCGUUUAUGAUUUCCCUCUAGUCCCGCCAGAACCCAAGGUUUUUUCUGGGCUUCAAUUUCUGAAACUUUCAGCAUUAAUUUAUAUGUUUGACUGUGAAGAUUUAGUUGUAACUUGUCAUCCACAGAUCAAACGUGAAUAAAUUAAAAUGUUGUUUUUCAUAAUCUUAGUCUGUCGUGUCACCUUUGUAGAUCGUUUUCAAUCAGGUAAUAAACAGCUAUGCAUAUGUGUUGGAACGAGAGAGAAAACUAUAUGAGGAAGGAGUUAAGUAAGAUCCGCACUUGCUCUGCUCACAUGACCGCCAUUUUAUUGUGUCGGUAACUAGUAUGAUCGUCGAAACGUCCUGUAAAAACGAUUUAUCCCUUUUCAUAUUUCCCAAUAUUUUCGCUCUUAUUUUUUCACUCAUUUCCGUGACUAUUUGCAUCCUAAAAAAUCUAUUAGAAUCACCCCCAAGGGGAGUAUUUGUCGUAUCAUCAGUUUCGCCGAUGGUUUAAAUCUGCCGCUCGUAUGAUAAUCGGAAAUUUUGAAAAAUCCCGCGUGUAUUUUAAAGCUGUUUCCACCAUUGUUCCAAAGUAGCCAUAUACGGUCAUUGUUAAUCGUUAAACAAAGCCUGUUCAACUUUCAGCUGAUCCGCUUUUCUUGAUACGAGUUUUUUUCUUCGUUUUAGAUUCUCUGCUGGCUUGAGGAAGCUUUUUUGGGCUCUGUUUGAUAAAACAGAUCUUGAAGCAUUUGAACUUGAAUCGAGCACGUUCUACAUAACUCAGACGACUGGAGAGACUUUGUUUGCUAUUUUCAAUAUCGUCGCCAUUUUGAUCUCGCUCAACAUGCUCAUUGCAAUGAUGUCGAACUCAUUUCAGCAAAUAGCGGUUAGCAACAGUUUUAUAAUCCAGAAGACAAUCUUAUUUAUUUAACCAUUUACACCCUGGUAUCCGUAUGCAUGUUCUUUAUACUGUUCUCUCAAAUGACCUUAAUAUUUGAUUAAGAUGUAAUAAUUAUAAUGUUGGGAUUUGCGAUCACAACCACUAACACGGCCAAAACGACCGUCCCGUGACUUCCCACCAACGGUCUUUGAUACACAAAACAGUUAUCAGACUGUGACUUUGUGAAAGUAGCAACUUAUGUUAUGCAACAUCUCCAGAAAAUGGAACUAGACACCUCAAACCCAAAUUCGGGUGUCAGUUUGGCGUUUUACUUCUCAAAACGGAGCAGCACCAUAACCAUGUGUUGGUCUGGUCCUAACCAGAUUUCAGCUAUUUAUUUAUUUACUUAUUGCCAAUCUAGGACGAUGCUGAUAUCCAAUGGAAGUUUUCCAGAACAGGGAUGUGGAUGCAGUACGUGGACAAGGGAAGUGUCCUUCCUCCUCCUUUUAACCUUCUACCCAAUCGGAAGCAUUUUGUUGAUUUGUGUCGACGUAUUAAAAACUGGAUCAAGCCUCAAAAGGUAGGCUGAAUUUUAAGGUUAUUUCCGGUUUUACUUGGAGGGCAGUGCUCCUUAACAAAUGAUUUAUUCCAACUGAUAUCGCUGACUGCAAUACUCAACAAACCAGUAGUAUUUACGUCAUCACAUUACCGAGCCCCCUGGUACUAGUAAAUUAUAACCAAGGGAGUGGUCAAACAAGUAAUUUCAAAUUAGCCGGUUGUGUAGCACAGAGCUUACUAAAAAUAACGAACAGGAUCACUGUGGAAUUGUACACCUUAAAGUCAUAUACUUUUCUAUUGUCUCUAGAACGAAGUAUACGAAAAAUGCUUUAUUAGAAAUAUUUCCCGGCAUAACAAAGUCAUGAUAUCAUCUGUAAAUUAAUAAGGGAACCAAAGUCUCUUCACCAGAUAACUUCAUGCAACUGAAGGUGAAGGUGAAGGACCUGUAAACUCAUGAUAUUUUCUUAUUUCUGAUUGGUCAGCACAGAAUUGUAGUUAAGUCUGCAGGGUUAGCUGAUUACAUUAGCGACUUGAUUUUCGUUGGCUGUUGAACUGUCUUAUAUGGCGUCAAAUAAUAUGCAACUUUACAAUAGCUCGCGGCUCGAGCAUUUAGUAUGCAUAUUACUGAUCUUACAGAUUUUUUUGUAUCAGGAGUAUUUAUUAAAUACUCUUGACCAAUCAGAUCAUAGUUAUUCUAAUCCAAAAUAAUCGAAGUUUUUAGCAAGGAAACUAAGGUUGUUAGCGGACUCAUCAUGCAUUACGUGCAGUACUGAAAAGUGUAUGUUUGGUUCUAGAAAGAGCAUUAUGACGAUUUGGAUUCAAGUGAAGGAGAUGAAGAGCAAGACGAAGAUAUGAUUGAGGUAAUUGUGGUUAGGAUUUGGAUAUUUCCUUGUAGGUCUAGUUAAGUUUUUCAUGCAUUGUCCUUAUUUGGUACCCAUUUCUUUUGGGUGGAAGCAAAGUAUUUAUAUCUGCAGGAACGUUUUACCCGAAAAUCAACUUUCCUUCCUUAAAGAAAGAUCUAUUAAUUUUUUUACGAACGUGAGAAAAAGAACUUCUCUGAAUGAGAUAUCGAAUUCUAUACCCUCAGAUUUUAUGCCCUGAAGCUUUACCACUGAGGUGCAGGGAAUUCGAUCAUAAGUUAGGCCGGCCUUACGCUCGGUUACUCCGCCUUUGUGACACUAAAGAGAACAACGCAGAUUCACUUCCGCCACGAUCGAUUCUAUGACACUUCAGAUAAUCACAAAGUCUUAGAGAUCAUCGUCUGUAUAAAUAAGUAGCCUUUGUGUCUUGUUACACUUGGAUUGCAAUUUUAAUUUCUCCUUUUAUUACACCCAUUUUGAAAUCACUAGUGGUCCCUGUAAUCUGAUUGGCUCUAGUUGGUGCGAUUUAUUCACGAAUCGCACCAUUUUUUGCUUUAAAUCGCAUCUUUCUCCCAGCCAAUGAGGAUACAAUAAAAACAAAACAACCAAUCAGAUUUCAAGGCUUGUUUGAAGUAACCAAUCAACUUGCAAGAAAAUGAAAGACAAAGAGUAUCAUGUGGCAAAUUUUGCAACUCAAAACUCUUAUUUUUCCCCCACAAAAAAUGAAUGAAUUUAAUUUCAAACCAGCUCAGUACUGCAUCAAUGAAACAUUUGAACUGACCAAGUCCUGUAUUUGGGCGAUUUCAGAAUGGUUGUAAAGAAGUGGUAAUUGAACUGAGUGGAGUUGAAUUCGGGCUGAAAUCAUACGUGUGAUUUCAAAAUUGAACGAGCGCGCAGCGCAAGUUCAAAUUGAAAUAACAAGAAUAAUUUCAGACCAAAAUUGCACGAUUACAAAUCAUGUCGUGGUUUCCGUCUUGAUUGAGAGACGUAGUGCCUUGAUGGUGAGCGUGUAGGACUCCACACCAAAUGAUCAGGUUCUGCACUCCGACCACAGUCACUUGUUGUGUUUCUGAGAAAGACUCUCUCUUCACUUUCAUAGAUUAUAUCUCCGCCUAAGAAAAGAAAGUCAAAUUGUACUGGCAAACUGUCAGGAAAACUUGACGAAGUGCCAGAACCUGAUAUGGGCUUAUGUGCCAUUAAGGGAGAUAAGUUAUUCAGUCUCGCAAUACUACUUUCUUUUGCUUCCCUUAGUUCGUUUUGUUAAUUAAGUAGCUUAAAAAAAAACAGCUUCAAAGGUGUUUACUCUUGGAGGUUGUUUUUGUCGAUUUUUUGUCAGUUUCUUGUCAUCUAAUAGUUUGACAUUGGCGUUUUACAGCGUGAGAAAAUCCUCAAGCUUCUUAUCGAUCGUUACUUCUUCACCUCGCGUCAAGCCAGGGAUCGUCUCGUACUCACCACUGCGCUGAAAGCUUUUGGAAGUAGCGUUCAGGUGAGUGACGUUUUAAAUAGUGCAUCUUCUACUUCA